AUGGCGCGUAAUCACCACGGCCUCCUCUCUGAGAAACAUUACGACGACGAUGCUGCCCUGGUGGCUUCCGAUCUUGGUGCGGGAUCGGAUAGUGAUGGAGACAGUGUAGGAACAAACCGAGUCAAGGACCAUGACAGGGACAUUCUCGACGAGACCGAAGAGCACGAGAAAUUGCUCCAUAAACCAAGCCGAUUCCAGACUGCGAAAGGAGUCUUUGGGUUUCGAGAAGACCAGCAAGAUGGAGCCAGCAGCAGCAGACGCCGAAAGACUAGAAGUAAAAAGUUUAGAAGAGGAGGCAAAGAGUCAGACAUGACGUUUGAGAUGGAAGGCGGUUUCAAAGACACAAGCUCGCAAUCUUCGUCUGACUCCUUCGAGACAGAAGGCACCAAGUGGGAUUGGAGCUCUGGGAAAAGAUCGCACCGUGGACGCCUUGCUCUAAUAUACGCCGCCAUCAUUGCUUUGUUUGCCGCUCUGGUCUUCGGCGCAUACAAGGCUUCUCGAAAAUCAGCCCUGACCCCAACCAUUCACCGGCUCACUCGAUUCUCCAAUGGCACACAUGUAUUCCGACCGACCACCAUCCUGAUCUCCCUGGAUGGAUUUCGUGCCGAUUUUCUCAACAGGAACAUCACUCCUGCUCUGAAUGCUUUCAUUGCAAGUGGUGUAUCUCCGAAGUACAUGCUCCCAUCUUUUCCUUCCCUCACUUUCCCCAACCAUUUCACUCUGGUUACUGGUCUCUAUCCGGAAAGCCAUGGUAUUGUCAGUAAUCAGUUUUGGGACCCCGAGUUCCAAGAGGAGUUCUACUACACGAAUGUCGGUGUGUCAAUGCAACCCAAAUGGUGGACUGCGGAGCCCCUUUGGGUGACAGCAGAGCAUCAAGGAGUUCGAUCGGCCAUUCACAUGUGGCCAGGCUCUGAGGCACACAUCCCUGACGUGGAGCCGACAUAUCUGGAUACAUAUAAUGGAUCAGAAGCGUUGUCACGCAAGGUGGACCGACUGCUGCAUUGGCUUGAUCUGCCUGGUGAUGACGACGAUGCGUCUUCCCAGAGCGAGAAACGACCACAAUUCAUUGCCGCUUAUGUUCCAAAUGUCGACGCGGACGGACAUAAAUUUGGACCAAACAGCACCGAGAUCCGAGCCACAAUUGCUGAUGUUGACAGCAUGUUGACGAUGCUGGUGGAGGGACUAUUUGCGAGGAAUCUCACCGAGAUUGUCAAUCUUGUCAUUGUGUCUGAUCAUGGAAUGGCGACUACGUCGACUAGGCGACUGAUCCAACUCGAAGAUCUGAUGGACAUCUCUCUGAUCGAUCACAUUGAUGGCUGGCCCCUUCGAGGUCUUCGAUUGCAGAACCCCGAUCGCGACAUUCCCAUUCUCUAUGAACAUUUAUCUCAGGAGGCGGCCAAGGCCGACACUUUUGACGUUUACACACUGGAGACAAUGCCGGACCGAUAUCACUUUUCCAACAAUGAUCGAAUUGCUCCGCUAUGGAUCGUUCCCAGAACAGGUUGGGCGGUUGUUGAAAGGACCGAUUUCGACGUCGCCGAAGCCCUGACGACCGGCAGAGAAUACGAGCCGAAAGGUUUGCAUGGUUACGAUCAUGAGCAUCCCUUGAUGCGUGCCAUAUUUGUCGCUCGCGGCCCGGCCUUUCCGCAUAAGCAGAAUAGCAGAGUUUCGGUGUUCCAAAAUGUUGAGGUAUACAACAUCAUCUGCGAUUCCUUGGGCAUCGCACCUCAUCCGAACAAUGGAACAUUACGACUUCCGUUCAAGACAGAAGGGCUGCACUCUGAUGCUGGCGCGCCGGAGCUUGAUACUCCUCCAGACCCCGUCGAUGAGAAGCACGACGAUGAGCCUCAAGAUGCGAGUUUGGGUAACCCUGAUGAGGUAGCAAAUCCCGAGCCAGGUGAUGUAUCGUCUGGCGAGGGUGACAACGCCUCAGACAAGCCGAAGAGUAACUGGUGGAAAUUCUUACACGACCAACUCGAAAAAGCGAAAGAAUGGGCCAAGGAGUUUGUUGAAUCCAUCAAAGGCAACAAGAAGGGAGAAGGCGAUCCUCCUGUCUAA